AUGUCUACUAAAAGUAGUCAGUCAUCAGGAGAGUCAUCACCUCUCCUUCCCACCACUUUCCAACAACCCACACAGAUCUUCUCUUCAGAGGAAGAGUAUACCAAGGGGGAGGAGAAGAGUUCAAAGGAAGACUCUCCAUUUCUUGAAGAAAAUAAGUAUCUGGAAGAGAAUGAGUAUCUGGAGAAGAAUGAGUAUCUGGAGAAGAAUGAGUAUCUGGAGAAGGAAAAGCAUCCACAGGAAGAUGACUAUCUGGAGAAGGAAAAGCAUCAGAAAGGAAAGAAGGAUCUGAAUGAACGGGAGUCUCAGAAGGGGAAAAAGCAUCUACAGAAGGAAAAAAAUUAUUGGUAUGAAGAAAGCUAUCUAGAAAAGGGUGAGUAUCUGGAGGAGGUUCUCCCAAAAAGCCCAGCUGAUGCCGUCUCUCAGGUGAACACCCUCCUCACCGUCAUUCCUCCCACCUUUGAACAUGCCAGGAAGUCUUCUCACUCUGCCAAGAAGACUUUUAAAGCCUUCAAGGAGAAUGCUAGAGGAUCUCUGCCCUGGCAAGACCAGGGCACGCAGACAGACGGCGCCUAUGAGACUCAGGGAUCAGAAGCUUACGAGGAUGCUGAGACAACAGAUACUGACACUCUCGUGAUAGGCAGCUAUACAGCGAGGCUAAGCAGUAUGUCUCCAAGCCCUUUCGUCAGCAGCAGAUGGGAACAGCUUUUUAAGAGCUCCUAUCACACAGUAUUUAAGACUGUGCUCAAAGAUCAGGCUGCUCACAGUGAACUGGAAGAGGAUACUGACAUUCCCCUGACUGGCCAACUGGAAAGUGAAACCAGAAGGAAACUGAGAAUUCUGUUGAAGACAAACAUUGAAAAGUACAAGGAAGUAAUUCACUGGAUUAUGGAGAAACGUGGAACCAUAUUCAGAGAUUCAGAUAUGGUUACUCGCACAUUUAAUUUAUUGAGCCAAACUCAGAAGCCCACGACAGAAGGAAAAAAACCUCAUAGUACUCGUCGUAAAAAGAAAUUAGAUACAGAAAUAGAUACAGAGUGGAUGAAGAGCAGCAUUGAGGUGUUUGAAGAUGUAAAAGUAAUUCUCUACCCCAAUGAGAAUAUCUUCCGAAUUCUCUUUUCUGAUCAAUCAGGCCAGAUAUAUUACCCAUCGGGAAACCUGGCUGUGCUCUCCUUCUGUACGCAAGAGAGCCAGUUCACAUAUAUCAUUUUGGAAGACAGUAAAGAAGGGUGUGUUCGAGCCCUUAUCAACAACACUGGCCAUGCCACCAUCUAUGAUGAAUACAGAGAAAUCUGGUUGAGCCUGAGCCAAAACCUGGGCUACUACUUUGACAAAGACAAACCCCAGAAGGCCUGGAACUGGUGGAACCUGAACCUGCACGUCCACGCGCCCCCUGUCCGGUCUAUCUCCUUAAACAUCAACCAGUAUAUCAAGGUACAAGUCAAGAGCCAAAAUGAGAUCAUCUUCGGCUUCAUCCACCAAACAAACCGCAUUUCCUUAAACCUGGGCACCAAGUACAAGUUCAUCAACCCGGAGAGGCUGAAAGAAAUGAAGGUGAAAGCAAUCCUGGAGGUGGACUUUGGUUCAACAGCUCGGAAGAUUCAGGUCCUUCUGGGCAAAAUGAGUAGGCUCCUACAUUUCCUGACCAUGUGUGAUUUGGAAAACUUCAUAGAGAGCGCCAUGGACUUGCUGCGGGACAGCAGUCGGAAAAGGAAGAAGUUUUAG